AUGAGCUACAGUGCCACAGACAACCAUGGGACCGAUACUGGUCCGAAAUCCGGUUCUCAGCCGGUUUCAGAAACGGGUUCCGAGGUCCAUACGAGGCCAGAAACGGCUCUGCCAGUGCCUGAGCGUAGCCAUGUUGCUGAAGAACGCCAUGGGCGCGAUUCCGACCUUGAAAGAGAACCAUUGGUGAGACGCAACUUUUUGGACCCGGAUGACCCUCGGGUAUCGCCGAUGAAUUUGUACCGUAUAAGAGCUUUACGAUUCACAAUUGCGUGCAUGUUGUGGGUGAAUGUGGUUCUCUUUUUCAUUUUUUUGAUUUCAGACUUUGUGGCCAUUCCUGGCUUGAACAAUCGAGGAAAGUCGUUUUUGCAGCUCGACUUGUUGAUACUCAAUUUUUUGACCAACUUGAUCACAUUAUGGAGCUUCACUGUGCCAGCUUACUACGAGCGGAUUUUGGGCUACGUAAGUGCCGCAUUGCUUUUUGUUGACUUUAUUGUGGUAAUUAGUGUCCCUUACCUUCGCGACCAAUUUGGGCUUACGGGAAACUUGCUCAUGAUAUGGACUUUGUUGACGGUGGCUGUGAAUUGCUGGGCAGACUACUCGGUGGAAAAGAGCAAAAAAAACCAGGAAAUUGAACUUACUGGAAGAAUAGAAACGAGACAUUCCAUCUCCGAACUUUUCGUGAUGUUGAUCAAGAUAAUCAUCAAGUUGUUUCUCCUCUUGGUUAUCUGGAACGUGAGCUUGGGAAUAUGGCUUCAGGCGUUUGAUUCUCAUGAACAGCCAUGGGGAAAAAUGGUGGCUGUGGACAAUAACCAAUUUAAAGUUCACUUGGCAUGUUUUGGAGACGUUGGAAGCAGCUAUAACGGUACACAACCAAUAGUCAUGGUUGAAGGAGGCCAAUUGACUUCUGCUGAAGAAUUUCAGGAAUGGGUAGAAGAGCUUUUCCAUUUGAAUAGAUUGGACCGGUAUUGCGUUUGGGAUAGACCAGGCUACGGGUUUUCCGAUAGCGCACCCCUGCCGAUUUCUAUUAACAUCAUCACAGAGUAUCUCAUUGAAGCGUUAGAAAAAGAGAAGAUUGAAGGUCCUUUCAGUGUGGUUGGGUUCGAUAUUGGUGGCUUGUAUGCUCGGGCAUUUGCGCUGAGAAAUUCCCACAAUAUUCAUUCCGUGAUGCUUGUGGAUAGCUGGCACGAAGAUCUUCUCAAGUUGAACCCUUUCAGUGGACCAGGACGCAAAAACGAAAAGAGUAAGGUGUUCCGCAACAUUUUGGAAUUCAUGAAUACUCGCACAGGGUUCAAGCUUUGGCUCAAAGGGUUGGUAGCUCCUCUUGGAUUGGUCACUAAUACCCAUUGGUUCUUCCAUCCGAAGCGAUACUCUUCCAACAGCCGUAUAUUUGGCUCGGAUAUGGUCCGCCUGUCCAAGUAUUUGAGGGCUCGUUUGCAGGAACAAAUCACAGCCUCUAUACUCUCUCACAACGAAAUGGCAGGCAGCGAUAUCCACAGCGUUCCGCUCAGCGUGGUUUCGUCCGAUUACAUGAUCAAAAAGUCGCUCAACUGGGGUAAAUGGCAGCGGGAAUUGACCAAGUUGAGCAGCAAGGCGAUGGAAUGGGUGGUGGCAGAGAAAAGCGGACACAAGAUUUGGGAGAGUCCACGAGGCAGAGAAGAGCUACAAAAGGUGCUUUUGAGGUUACUAGGCGAUAGCGAGAUAUAG